AUGGCUUCAUCAAAUACACCAUCAGAAACACCAACUUCUCAGGAACAAGGAUCAACUCCUGAUCCUUCAAUUGGAACCCAAAAAAAUAGUAACAGAGGAAAAACUGAUCCUGCAUGGGGCCAUUGUAAACAAGUUUUGGAUAAAGGAAAAACUGCUUUGGUAUGUAUUUAUUGCGAGAAGCUUAUUAGAGGUGGAGGAAUUAACCGGGUUAAGCAUCAUUUGGCUGGAAAAGGUGGAGAUAUUGAGGCAUGUCGAAAGGUGUCAGCUGUGGUGAGACACCAAUUCAAUCAAAACAUUGAAGAUCUUCGAACCAAGAAAAGGAAAACUCAAGAAGAAUAUGCAGAAAGUUAUGGUGCUUGUGAUGACGUUGAAAGGGAAUUUGAUGAGAUUGAACCAACACCUGGAGCUCAACCAAGUAUUAAAAGUGUUCUCCAAAGCAAAGAAAUUGUGGAGAAGUGUGAUAUUGCUAUUGCAAGAUGGAUGAUGGAUGCCUCUGUGCCAUUCAAUGCGGGUAUAAAGGGCCAAAUUACCAAAGAGUUCGUGGAUAUUUUGUUGAGUAAAUUGGUUGAAGAUGUAAAGAAGAUGAUUGAAGGUUAUCGUGUGAUUUGGAAACAAACUGGAUGUACUAUCAUGGCUGAUGGAUGGACUGCUCGUUGUAGACGUACUUUAAUUAAUUUCUUAGUUUAUUGCCCUAAAGGAACUGUUUUCCUAAAGUCAGUUGAUGCUUCUCAUAUCUCGAAAACUACUGAGGCUUUGUUUAAGUUGCUUAGGGAUGUUGUGUUAUUUGUUGGUCCUGAGAAUGUUGUACAUGUAGUGACGGAUAAUGCUGCAAAUUACGUUGCUGCUGGAAGGUUGUUGGAAUCAGAGUUUCCUAGAUUGUAUUGGUUUCCUUGUGCGGCACAUUGUAUUAAUCUGAUGUUGCAGGAUAUUGGGAAGUUUGUGGAAGUGACUGAAACUGUGUCACAAGCUUUAAUGAUUACGAAAUAUAUCUAUAAUCACUGCCAUCCUUUGUACUUGAUGAGGCAGUUCACAGGCGGCCGAGAAAUACUUCGUCCAGCUCCAACUCGAUUCGCCACUAAUUUCAUUGCUUUGCAAAGUAUUUUGGCUCAAAAGGAUGCAUUGAGAGCUAUGGUGACAUCUAGAGAAUGGACAAGUUCAGCUUACUCUAAAGAAGCCAAAGCAAAAAAGUUUGUGGAUCAAGUCUUAGAUUCUAAAUUUUGGAAUCAAUGCACUGAUAUUGUUAAGCUUACGGAGUCACUUGUUCAUGUAUUGCGUAUUGUGGAUAGUGAAGAUAGAGCUGCAAUGGGUUUCCUUUAUCAAGCUAUGUAUAAGGCUAGGGAAGACAUGGUGAAGAGAAACCUUCAUGCUGCUGGUUAUUGGUUAAAUCCAGCUUUUCGAUUUAAUUCUGCAGAAUUUGACAAGCACAAAGACACAAUUUCUGGCCUACUAGAUGUGAUUGAGAGGUAUGCUUACGGUGAUGCUGAUUUGAUUACUAAAUUGACAAGUGAGAAGAGAAUCUUUAAGAAUGCUGAAGGAGACUUUGGGAGACAGUCUGCAAUACGUGAGCGAAGCACUGUGAUGCCUGAUCAAUGGUGGGAAUCUUAUGGAUGUGGAGCACCAAACCUGCAAAAGUUAGCAAUUCGUGUUUUAAGUCAAACUUGCAGUUCUUCAGGUUGUGAGCGUAACUGGAGCAUUUUCGAACACAUUCACUCAAAGAAAAGGAAUCGGUUAGAGCAUCAAAAGCUUAAUGAUCUUGUUUAUGUUCACUACAACUUAAGGCUACAACAAAGGAACCGAAUGAGAAAGCAAAGUUAUGAUCCAAUUUGUCUUGAUGCAUUUGAGGAUCAUUCAGAAUGGAUAAUGGAAGAUUCACCACCAUUUUUAACUCCUGAAGAAGUUGAUGCUUUACGAAAUGAUCUUGCAAAUAUAUCUCUUCAAUCAGCUUUAGAUGAUUUGGGUAUGUUGUUGUUAGGGAUGAUUUUGUAAUGCUUUAACCAAAUGUUUUGCCUUAUUAUUGAUUAUGAUUUGUGAAACAUUAUUGAAAUGCUAGAUGAAUUGAAUCUGGAAGAUGAUCGAGAUGAUGGUGAAGCUAAUAAUACUUCUGUGGAAAAUGCAAAUCAGAAUGAAACCAAUCAGGAUGUAGCUCCAGAUUUGUCAGAUGAAGAAAGAUUUCCAGACUUUGAAGUUACUCCUUGGAUAUAAUCCAUGAAUUGUUAUUUUCAUUAUGUUAAAUUGAGUUGUUCAUGUAAUAGACUAA